AUGUCUAAUACUCUCAGGCCAUAUCUCGCAGCGGUGCGAUCGACUCUGACCGCUGCGUUGACACUAGAGGACUUCGCAUCGCAGGUCGUUGAGCGACACAACAAACCUGAGGUCGAAGUUGGGCAAUCGAAGGAAGUGCUCCUCAACCCCCUCACGAUCUCUCGCAAUGAGAACGAGCGCGUGCUCAUCGAGUCUGCCAUCAACUCUAUCCGACUGAGCAUCAAGAUCAAGCAGGCAGACGAGAUCGAGCGUAGAGCGGAGAGCUUCGUCGUGCUGCGGAGAAAGCCAGUCAAGGGUUAUGACAUCUCGUUCCUGAUCACCAACAACCACACCGACAUCAUGCUCAAGCACAAGAUAGUCGACUUCAUCAUCCAGUUCAUGGAAGAAGUGGACAAGGAGAUCAGUGAGAUGAAGCUCAGCUUGAAUGCUCGUGCUCGUGUCGUCGCGGAAUCAUACUUGACCGCGGUGUGUCCCAUUUCCUAUUGGCUCAAAGAUGGAGAUACUGACAGCUAUUCGUAG